AUGGGGAAAUCACCCCAUGCUGCUGUCGCGAAAGAUGGCGAUACCAAAUCACCUCUCCAGCAGAAUGCAGACAUUCAGAAGUCCACUGUGACCGAUGUCAAGCAAGACUUGCCAAAUAUCGAAACUGCUACCGCAGACCCUCUAGGUCCUCCUCCUCGUCCCGCGGCUGCAGCAAGCAACGCUGUCCCUAAUACACCUGAUUACUUCUCAGUAAAUCACAAUAGCACCAUUACCACCGAACAAAAUCCUUUCGAAGCAUCCUUUGCGUUUGGCGGUCACAACUCAGAAGGACAAACACCAGGCGGUACCAAACUUCCCUCGGUCGCGUCCUUGACAUCUCCAGCAGGCCUCCUGGGUGGAGGUGUCACUCCUGGCUUUUGGGGUGGUCUCCGUUCUGGACCAUUGAGCCCAGCGAUGCUCUCGGGUCCUCAGAAGCACGAGGACUACUUCAGCGAGCGACAUCACAUCCGUGGAGGAUUUCCAACCCCUAAUGAGUCUGGUCUCCGUACAGGCCUUACUCCAGGUGGUGGAGGAUCUAUGUUCCCAGAGCCAAGUCCCAAUUCAGCACUCUUUGGAGCGAUUGGAGGUGCAACUCCUGGUGCCAUGGACUUCCAGCGGGCUGCCAUCAGCAUCCAGAAGAACCGUGAAAUCCCUCAACCGCGACUUAAUAUUACUUCCCAACCGCAAGAUCUCCUCAAUGGUAUGGACACAAAGUCGACAGUCACUGGCCAGUUCGACCAACACGACGCCAACGACGCUGCCAAUGGCCUUUUCUUACUAGCCCAGCAACGUAGUGCCCCUGGGACCACGAGUCAUUAUGCUAUGGCGCCCCAAAUGCCUGUCCAACAUGCACACCCUCAGGCUCCAAACCUACAAAUGGGCAACCAGUCAGCCGAAGCAUCACCUCAGAUGGCUCAUAGGAACCAUCACAACGGAUCAAUGAGUACUGCUUCUGGUCGCGGAAACAGUGAGAUGAGCGACGAGAACGAAACUCAAUCGCGCCCAAACACCCGCGGCAAGGGGAAGCGAAGUAACACUACACAAACCAAUGGCCGCCGCAAGGCGGAUGAGACGCCGACGAAGGCACCUCCUGCUAAAAAGUCCAAGGGUAAUAACGGCAACGCUAUGCCAGAGCCUGAAUCCGAGGGCGAAUUGGAUCUCACCAAAGAUGAGUACAAUGCCAACGGCAAGAAAAUGACUGAUGAGGAAAAGAGAAAGAACUUCUUAGAACGCAACAGGGUUGCGGCAUUGAAGUGUCGACAACGUAAGAAGCAAUGGCUUGCCAACCUGCAACAGAAGGUCGAGAUUUUCAGCAAUGAGAAUGAUCAACUUAGCCAACAAAUCACCCAUUUGAGAGACGAGAUCGUCAACCUCAAGACAGUCUUGAUGGCUCAUAAAGAUUGUCCCGUCACCCAAUCACAGGGUAUGGGUGGCAUGGGUGUCCAACAGUUGUUUGAAACAGGCUUCACAGGUCCUAUGAAUCCAUAUGGUAUGGCACAAAACAACAUGGGAAAUCCUCAGGUCAUGGCAGCCGGACAAGGUAUGCAAGAUCGCCGGUUUUCAUAA